AUGACAAGGGAGCAACACAUACUAGUUCGGGAGGAAAAGAAGCGCAGACGAAUGGAGCGAAAAGUGAUGAAAGAACAAAUGGCGCGCGCCACUUUGAUGUAUCACCCCCGAGCGUUAUCUCGAAUAUUGCGCAAACUUGUUCGGCUAUCUAUGGAGCGGUCGAGUACAAGAACAACGCCUGGCUCUAUGCGCGAGUAUUUGAGAGGACAUUCGACUUUGGAGCAGCCGACGUCGAUUAGGAGAAGUUUGGGCAAGUGCUCAUGGGCUGGCUUGGGAGGGAAGACGGAGAUGGGAAAUGGUACGCCGAAUCAAAAAGGCAGUCGCAGUUUGGGAAAAAGGUUGGUCUCAUCUGUCUACAAAAGAGCCACUGUAGCUAUCUAUGACGUUGGAAAAGAUACUGAUGCCAUUUCUCGGCGACUUCUAGACCAGUGCCGAGGCCUUUCGUGGAUGGAUACAUAUGGCGAAGAAGACAUACGAUCAGAUUUAUGGACUAUUUAUCUUAUGCUUUUGGAAAACGAUGGAAGAAAUGGAAUCUUCCUAACCUGUGGCGCAAGGCUGUCACAGUUUAUCGAGAUGUUGUCGGCCGUCUUCCUUGGAAAGCGCGUGAUACGAAGAACAGGGUGGCCAAUCGAGACUCAAGAACGGUCGCUACUGGCUUGGAUACUCUACAUUAUGGACCCAAUGCCGGCCGACUUUGAAGAUCAAGAUUUGUACAAUGAGACCAAGCUUUCUAUGCGCUCUUUCCUUUUCGCUUCUUUCAAACUAUUCGAGAGGUGGAUACCUCCACCCACCCCGCCACUGUUCAAGUAUUCAAACGAUCCUUUAAUUCCUGUUCAAUACUACUCUCGAGUUAUAUUCCUAUACGCACCGAGCAUAGCUGUCGCCGCUAUGCUCUGGUAUUUUAGAGGUCACGAUGACCGGAUGUAUCGGGGCUUACCGGCGGGGCUGUUGGGUGUCGAUAAUAGUAGGUUUGGGGAUCUGAGGACACCCCAGAGGCGGAAUCCAAAUGGAGCAGGAGGAGAAACACUCGACUCACCUACUUCAUCCGACUCGUUGGGCUCACGUCGUGUCCUCUCUCCUAAUCGCCUAGCCCUCAGCCCGACACCAUCUAGACCGCGCUCUAUCUCUCCAGCUUCAUCCACUACGAGCCUUCGACAUGAGGUGCCAGGGUGGACGUCUCCAGUACUGUGCACCAUCCCCUCGGCUUCCACAACCGACCAGCAGAACCACUUUAUCAGGACUUUCUACGAAGAAGUAGACAAGAGGCAGUUCAACUGUGCCAGUAAGCAGUUUGAACUAGAGUGGACUGGUCGCUUGGACGAUACGAUGCGGUUUGGAGGGUCGAAUCCCAAUUUGGGUUAUAAAUUAGGCUCACUGGAAGGAGUAUGGGAAGGCGGGUUCUUGUAUCUCGACUUUACCGACUAUGCCAAAUUCCUGACAGGAGAGUCGGAAGCCAACCCCGACUUUUAUCAAAAGUCUCCCGAUGACCUCUAUGGAUCUAAUCGCCAAGUGUGGCGCCUCAAAGAAUACGUAUACGAAGAGCGCCAAGGAAGUACAUGGGAUCGGGACCAUCCCCCUCGGUAUCCCAUGUUGCAGACUGCUGGCCCACUGUCUGUGGGCAAGUGGAUUGACGGAUGGCUACCUCCCGCAGAUAUGUUGGAGUGGCGGUUAUCGGAUGAAGGCGAUGAAUUGGAUAUCAUCGAAACGAUCCACCCGUCUUCUCUUCAGUCGAGUGGGUUUGGAGUGGGAUUCGAACAGAUGAAGAAGGAAAAGAGGAUAAGUGAGGAGGAUGCCGACGACUUCGUUACUCAUGCACCAGCUGAACAGCGCCGGAAUAGUAAAAAGGGUGUCGGCAAGAUUCGAGGACGGACGGUGGAUCUGUCGUCUGCUACAGAGACCAAGCUUCGACCCGGUAGCACUGCGAAGUCGACCCCUGUCAGCCCUAUGGUCACGAAUGCCAAUGUUCACUCCGUUCGAUCACCCCCAUUGUCGUCUCCUCCCAACGCCCGGACUAGUGUCGUCAUCAAUAAGGAUCUCACAUCACCCAAGUCACCAGAGACACCAGAAGAAAAGAAGAGGUUUAGGUGGAGCUGGAAGCCUAAGAAGAAGGACAAGAACCAAAAGGAGGAGCCACGGCGGUCGAGUCUGCCUCCUACGAAAUCUUCCAUGACCGUCUCGCCGUCGACUCCAGAACCAACUAGUGGGCGUGAACGAAGGACUGGUUCUGAUGAGCCAGUUGUUCGUAUUGACUUGGAGAUCAAUCCAUUCGAGCUCGAAGAUGAAGAACCCGAGCCUCCUCGCCAGAAUGAAGAUAUAGAGUACGAUGGCGAGGAAGAAGCUCCAGUGUAUGGUCCGCCACCACCGCCUUCGACCUAUCAGCAGAUAGCACGGUAUGUGCGGUACAACCCGAAUGUCCAAUGGGCGAAAAAGGCGAUAUGGGCAGGGUCUCCGCAGUAUGGCGCCUCGAGACGGACGACGAUGUCGGCCGCUGCCUCUUCAGCAGGAAAGAUGCCAUCUGGGUCUGCUGAAGACGAAGACGUGAGUCGGAGUAUCGAACAAAACGGUAUCAGCGAUGUGCUUGUUUUCGGAGAG